AUGUCCUCCCCUACUGAGCCAGUAUGGCGCAUGUUACAACCACUGCCUGUGAAGGCCCCACCAAAGCCCAAAGCCAGCACCGUCAGAGCUCAGUCCAAAGAACCGGUCUCCUCUGCCAAGGAGAUUUCAUCACAGACAUCGCUUUCAUCGCACCCUACUAAGCAGGCGAGCUACGUCAAUCGCCCCCACGCGAUCAAGCUAGCAAGCCUAUCACAACAAGAUUUCCCCCCGAAGAGCGAAGACAUUCCACAGGGUGAUGUUACAUCACCUCAGCCGACAGCCAGCACACCCACGGCGGCCGCCUUCGGGAAACUGGCAAACAAGAUGAAGUUGAUGCUCCGGCGUAAGAACACGAACGCAAAGAAAAAGGAGAAGAAGAAGCGAGAGUACGAAGAGGUCGACCGUAUAGAGGAUGUACACUGGACAGAGAUGUGA